CUUCUCCAUACAGAGAUGGUCGUCUGCUCCUUCCUGUCAAGUGGCAUUAAUGUUGCUCGGUGCAGUGAAAAGGGCACCAAUGCCUCUGCUCUGGAAAAAGACAUCGGUCCAGAGCAGUUUCCAAUCAAUGAACACUACUUCGGAUUGGUCAAUUUCGGGAACACGUGCUACUGCAACUCUGUGCUUCAGGCCUUGUACUUCUGCCGGCCGUUCCGUGAGAAUGUGCUGGCAUACAAGGCCCAGCAAAAAAAGAAGGAAAACCUGCUGACAUGCCUGGCGGACCUUUUCCACAGCAUUGCCACGCAGAAGAAGAAGGUUGGUGUCAUCCCACCGAAGAAGUUCAUUUCCAGGCUGAGAAAAGAGAAUGAUCUCUUUGAUAACUACAUGCAGCAGGAUGCUCACGAGUUUUUAAAUUAUUUGCUGAACACUAUUGCGGACAUCCUGCAGGAGGAGAAGAAACAGGAGAAGCAGAACGGGAAAUUAAAAAACGGCAACAUGAAUGAACCUGCAGAGAACAAUAAACCAGAACUCACCUGGGUCCAUGAGAUUUUUCAGGGAACACUCACCAACGAAACUCGAUGCUUGAACUGUGAAACUGUUAGUAGCAAAGAUGAAGAUUUUCUUGAUCUUUCUGUUGAUGUGGAGCAGAAUACAUCUAUUACCCACUGCCUAAGAGACUUCAGCAACACAGAAACACUGUGUAGUGAACAGAAAUAUUACUGCGAAACGUGCUGCAGCAAACAGGAGGCCCAGAAAAGGAUGAGAGUAAAAAAGCUGCCCAUGAUUUUGGCCCUGCACCUAAAGCGAUUCAAGUACAUGGAGCAGCUCCACAGGUACACCAAGCUCUCUUACCGGGUGGUCUUCCCGUUGGAACUGCGGCUCUUCAACACCUCCAGCGAUGCCGUGAACCUGGACCGCAUGUACGACCUGGUCGCCGUGGUGGUGCACUGUGGCAGCGGUCCUAAUCGUGGGCAUUAUAUUACUAUUGUGAAAAGUCACGGCUUCUGGCUGCUGUUUGAUGACGACAUUGUAGAGAAAAUAGAUGCCCAAGCUAUUGAAGAAUUCUAUGGCCUGACGUCGGAUAUAUCAAAAAAUUCGGAAUCUGGAUAUAUUUUAUUCUAUCAGUCAAGAGAAUAAGUUAAAGAACUGUGGGACUCACUCAAGUGGGGGGAAUGUUCAAAGCACUAUUACCUGGGUUCUGUGCAGACUUUCGUCUUCCCCGGCGGCCCACCAAUGGUAUUACUCUGAAUCUCAGUGGUCUGGCUGUGAUAAACUCUCUCUCUUUGUUUUUUAUACACGCAGCACUAUUCGUGGUUUUAUUUUAGUCUGAGGUAGAGUUAACUGCAAUCAGAUUGUAGUAAGAUUUAUAUGAAUAACAGUUGCUAAUUUUAGGAUUGGGUAAAUGUUAUACCACUGGCUAUUUCCGGCUGAAUUAGAAUGACAUUUCCUAGAAUGUCUGCAGUCUAUUUUGGGUCUUUGCUAAGCUUCCUAAAUGGUUUCCAGGGUCUCCUUUCAAUGCAUUCCUUUCACUGGUCCCUGGAAACAUUGCUACCCAUUUCCAGCUUCUCUGCUCUUAUCUAACAGAAGGACAGAAGAAUUGGGUAGGUGGUCACGUUGAGGGCUGCAACUAUAGCUUUAAGUGUGUGCAGGUGAAAUUGUUUCAAGGUGAGUAACCUCAGAUACUAAAGUCAUCCUCCAGGUGGAACAGGGUGAAGAGCUGUUGGUGGUAGCAUGGGCCCCGGGUUGUGCUCACCUGGCCGCUGGACUUCCCCAGGGCAAAGAAGGCAGGGAGCUCAGGGCAGGCACAGCCAAGAGGAGGAAGCUUUCGCGGGGAGUGAAGAGUUACUUUUAUCUUUCUACCAAAACCAUGUUUCAGGAAAAUAACUUUGCUGUUUGUUUUUAGUGACACUUUCUUCUGUAUGGUCCUGUGAGUUGUAUCUAUCCUCUAUCUGGCACUGCUAAGCUUUCCAGGGUAUCUUCCCCGACCUGGUGUUCUGCAGCCUGUGGUCUCAGGGCUGGGACACCAGGCGACUGCCUCCAGCACAGCGCUCCCUCGCCAGUCAGUACCAACAUCAUUCUGGACGCAGAAGAGCGAAGGCCCUGCCCUCCGCUGCCAUCGGCCGCGUUGUGCAGCUGUUCACGUUGAAGCAGUUCAGUCUGUUCGGAGGCACUGGCGAGCCCCCGGGCUAACCCAGAACCUUCCCUAGAGGAAGACCCGAGUUACCUGGGCGUGAAGGUGGGUCAGAGGAAGUGUCAAUGGGCAGGUGAAGGAAUGAGCAAAACGGCGGCGUUUCUUUGGCUCAGGCUCCUAGAAUGCUUGACAAGACGGAGUUUUUUGGAAGAACCUCAUCUCACCCUAGUUACCUUUUUUCCCACUUUUGUUAUAUAUGUAUUUAUUAGAUCAUUUGAGUAUUGGUACCUUUUAUUAAAAGGGUCGAUGUGGUGUUUUGCCGUUGAGCUGGUUUUUGGUUUCCUACAAAUACCGUGAGUCAUAGACCUUCCUUUGGGAAGUCUGUUGACUUCCAUACACUAUAAUAUACUGUGAACACAUAAUUUUGUUACCUAAUAAAUCAGCGAACGAACAUACAAACGUUUGGCAUAAUGUGAACUAAAAUGGAAGUUGAAAAUGUUAGUGGCCAUUUUGCAACGAUUAAGAGCAUAGCACUUUACCUAGAUGAAAACUGGAUUUCUUAUCUUUGAAAUAUCGUGAACUGUUUAUUGCUCAGAACUUAAUAAGCAUGCCAACACUUCACUUGUUCAUGCUUGGAGUGAAAUGUUUUCCUUUUCACUGGAGAAGACAAAACAGGGUGAUCUUCACGUUAUUGUUUUAUACGAGUGACAAAAGUAUACCUUGCCUUGUUUAGAGGCAAAUUCAUAUUUAUAAAUAUUUUGUCUGUUUUUUCCUCCAUGAAACAUAUGCAGUAAUCACUUACCGGGAAGGUGAGUUUUUAUUCUGUUUUUAAGGAGAGACACUUUCCAGUUGAAGGUGAUUCAUAUAGGGAACUGUUUGUACUAUAUAUAACCCAUAUAUUUGACUGCAGGUUGCGAAGUUUAAAAAAAUGAUGGUUGAUAUCUAAUAUAUUUGGAACUGAUUCAUAAGAAAAACUAUUAAAAUUAUCUUUGAAAUGA